GCCAUCCCUAUAAUCCGACUGUUGAAGAGUUAAGUGUCGGGAAGUUGGUACUUGCAGUGACUUCAAUGGCGUCAGUGUCGGUAACGACAACACUCGUCUUCUUCAUCGUCUUAUUCAUCACCCAAAUUUCGAACUCCUCUGCAUAUCUCAACUCUCGGCUUCUUCAUCGUUCUUCACAACCUAGUAAUUUCUUAACUAAACAGCCACUUUUUUUCAAUCAAACUCUCGAUCAUUUCUCUCCUUAUGAGCAUCGCAUCUUUCAGCAAAGAUACUAUGAGUUUCUAGACUACUUCCGUUCCCCUGAUGGACCCAUAUUUUUGAAAAUUUGUGGCGAAUCUUCAUGCAAUGGAAUAGCCAACGACUAUUUAAGUGUUUUAGCAAAAAAGUUUGGAGCUGCCAUUGUAUCCCCUGAACAUCGAUAUUAUGGAAAGAGUUCUCCCUUCAAAACAUAUACGACUGAAGAUCUUAAAUAUCUUUCUUCUAAGCAGGCACUUUUUGACUUGGCUGCGUUUCGCCAGUUCUAUCAGGACUCCCUAAACAAGAGGUUUAAUAGAUCAAAUAUUGAAAAUCCGUGGUUUGUGUUCGGCAUUUCAUAUGCUGGAGCUCUUAGUGCUUGGUUCCGCCUAAAAUUUCCUCAUUUGACAUGCGGAAGUCUUGCAAGUUCUGCUGUAGUUCUUGCUGUUUACAACUUCACAGAGUUUGAUAGACAGAUAGGUGUCUCGGCUGGGCCUGAGUGUAAAGCUGCUUUGCAAGAAACUACUCAACUUGUAGAUGAAAGAUUGAAGUCUAAUGGAAAGGCAGUAAAGUCAGUAUUUGGUGCAUCUCAGCUGACAAUCGAUGGGGACUUCCUGUAUUUUCUAGCUGAUGCUGCAGUUACUGCUUUUCAGUAUGGAAAUCCAGAUGAGUUGUGUUUACCUCUUGUAGAAGCAAAGAAGGCCGAUAAAGACUUGCUGGAAGCUUAUGCCUCUUUCGUGAACGAUACUUUUGCUGAUUAUGUCGAUUCAUAUAAUCAAGAGAACUUGAAGAUCACCACCUCUGCUGAUAGAUUGUGGUGGUUCCAAGUUUGCACUGAAGUGGCAUAUUUUCAGGUGGCACCUGCAAAUGAUAGCAUUCGAUCAUCUAAAGUUAACACCAGAUACCAUUUGGACCUCUGUAAGAAUGUAUUUGGAGAUGGUAUAUACCCAGAAGUUGAUGUGACUAAUUUGUACUAUGGAGGCACAAAGAUAGCCGGUAGCAAGAUAGUUUUUACAAAUGGCUCUCAAGACCCUUGGCGACAUGCAACCAAACAGACUUCAUCUCCUGGCAUUCCUUCUUACCUUGUGACUUGUCACAAUUGCGGCCAUGGGACUGACUUACGGGGCUGCCCUCAAUCACCAUUGAGUAUUGAAGGUGACGCCAAAAGAUGCAGCAGCCCUGAUGCAGUCACGAAAGUGAGACAACAGGUUACGGAGCACAUAGAUCUUUGGCUUUCUGAGUGCCAAAAUGCUGGUAAGGGUUGGAGUUCUCUGUAAUGUUUGUAUGUCGCAAAACUUAAUAGAAGUAGUAGGCAAUGUUUUGACCUUGAGUGAAUCUCAUGUAGCUCACUAAAUAAUGAACUCACGGUUUGUGAUAUCAAGGGGACUGAUUAAAUUGUUCGGUCUGUAAAGUAGCGCCGGUUCAUAUGCAAUGACAUGAAUAAUGUAACUGAAUGUUAUGUACAUGUACUGUUGGAUAUUUUUAGUAUUCGGAGUUUUAUUCUCCAUAGAAUUGUAAGUACAAGUGAAUAUAACAAGGCUUGAGACACAACAUGAUGAGUUAUUGUUCUGAUCUCACAACUCAUUUAUUCAAUUAUAAGUGGGAAAACUUUCUUUCUAGAAGAAAACGGGAAGUCAUUUUAGUCCUUGCUUGAGGAAUUACAUGAAAAGCUUAUCAAUAAGGAAUUGUCCUUGCUUCAAAAUCAAUCCUCACCAUCUCUUCCUGCUACUGCAUUUUCUGUCUCAACCUGUAGCCAAAACCGAAACAUCACUCGCUCUCCCUCCUCAGGGAUCCUUCCCACUCCUACCCAUACUACAAAACAACCGCGCCCUUUCCUAGGUAAGUGUCAAUGGUGCCGUGCUCAGGACCAUGUAGUCAGUAAGUGUUCCUUAUUCAAGCAACAGUUUCCCAAUGCUAAUCCUCCUUCAUAUUUUUCAAAUACUCGUCCACACAGUACACCACAAGCACACACUGCCAAUCUUACACAAUCUGUCUCCUCAUCAUCUACUCCUUGGUUGCUCGACAGUGGUGCUUUGCACCACGUCACCACUGACCUGAACAACCUCUCUUUGCAUGCUCCAUACGAUGGCACUGAAGAGCUAAUCGUCGGUGAUGGUAAGGGCCUCAAAAUUACUCACUUUGGUUCAAUUUCUUUCUCAAAUUCUAUUGUUUUACAUAAUGUUCUUGUCGUUAUCACAAUGUCUAAAAUUGUAUCACGUAAGGAUGAUCUUAGGGAUGGUAACAGGUUGGAUUUGGAUCGAAUCUAAGUAGACUCAGAUUCAAAUCCGUUUUUAAAAAUAGGAUAUUCGGAUCCACGGCUGUAAUUUUUCAGGAUUCAGAUCCGAAUCCACGAAUUCAAUAUCGGAUCUAAACAUCCAGUUUAAA